CCACCACCCACCGUAAUGGCCAACGCGCGGAAGGGCUACCCCGCCAGAAGCGGGAUGUUCUUAAUAUGGAUAACCCCGCCUCAGCGAAUUGCCCUUUUUGGAGUCACCCGAUUAGACCUCGGAUGUUUUCUCAAGCGAUCUCACGUAGGCAAUGAGAUAUCACAGAAUGUGCCACCAAUGAUUUUGGGGAGCCGGGGGGGCGGGAAGGAUCGCAUAAACGAGAGUAAACCCCACGCCCCUCAAGAGCGGGUUCUACGACCCCAAGAGGGAAGACGAGGUGCUGAGACGCUCGCUGGGAUCGAACAAUCGUGA